CCGCCCGCCGCCGCCGUACUGGCGGAACCGGAAGUGGAGUUGGGACGGUGGGGGUGGGCUGGGCUGCCGCGUCCCCUGAGGUCUUGGCGUUGAGGGGCGGCGGCCGGUGUGAUGGAGAAACGCAGGAUGAACCUGCCCACCGGGCCGGACACGCUAUGCUUCGAUAAGGACGAGUUCAUGAAGGAGGAUUUCGAUGUGGAUCAUUUUGUGUCUGACUGCAGGAAGCGGGUGCAGCUGGAGGAGCUGAGGGAUGACCUGGAGCUGUAUUACAAGCUGCUGAAGACGGCCAUGGUGGAGCUCAUCAACAAGGACUACGCGGACUUUGUCAACCUCUCAACAAACCUGGUUGGCAUGGACAGAGCCCUCAACCAACUUUCUGUGCCUUUGGGACAAUUACGAGAAGAGGUUCUGAGUCUUAGGUCAUCUGUCAGUGAAGGAAUUCUGGCAGUAGAUGAACGAAUGACUAAGCAAGAAGACAUUAGGAAGAAAAAGAUGAGUGUGUUGAGACUUAUACAAGUUAUUCGAUCGGUUGAGAAAAUUGAAAAAAUCUUAAACUCUCAAAGUUCUAAAGAUGUGUCUUCACAAGAAGGAAGCAGCCCACUCUUGACUGGACAGGUUUUGGAGAGAAUUGCCACAGAAUUUAACCAGCUCCAGUUUCAUGCUGUGCAAAGCAAGGGCAUGCCCCUUUUGGACAAAGUGAGACCUCGCAUAGCUGGCAUCACAGCCAUGCUGCAGCAAUCUCUGGAAGGCCUCCUGCUGGAAGGUUUGCAGACCUCAGAUGUGGACAUCAUCCGGCACUGCCUGCGUACCUAUGCCACCAUCGACAAGACUCGGGAUGCAGAAGCUCUGGUUGGCCAAGUCCUAGUGAAGCCAUAUGUCAAUGAGGUGAUUGUUGAGCAGUUUGUUGAGUCUCACCCCAGUGGCCUUCAGCUCAUGUACAACAAGCUUUUGGAAUUCGUCCCUCAGCACUGCCGCCUUCUCCGGGAAGUCACAGGAGGAGCUGUGUCAAGUGAGAAAGGCACUAUCGUUCCUGGCUAUGAUUUCUUGGUGAAUUCUGUGUGGCCAGAAAUAGUUCGAGGACUAGAGGAAAAGCUACCUUCGCUCUUCAACCCUGGGGACCCUGACGCCUUUCACCAGAAAUACACUGUGAGCAUGGACUUUGUGCGGAGGUUUGAACGGCAGUGUGGAUCCCAGGCCAGUGUAAAGCGACUUCGAGCACACCCUGCCUAUCACAGCUUCAGCAAUAAGUGGAACUUGCCUGUUUACUUUCAGAUAAGGUUCAGAGAAGUGGCAGGAUCCUUAGAAGCAUCCCUCACAGAUGGGCUAGAAGAUGCUCCAGCUGGAAGUCCGUAUUGCCUUCUGGCUUCUCACAGAACAUGGAUCAGCCUGGGCAAAUGCUGGUCCGAUGAGAUGUUCCUGCCUUUGCUGGCACACCGUCUGUGGAGGCUCACGCUGCAGAUUCUGGCCAGAUUCUCUGUGUUUGUCAGUGAGCUUUCUGCCAGGCCCAUUUCUAAUGAAACUGCCAAGGAGACUAAAAAGCCUUUGGCUGGCAGCAAAGACCCUUUGGAAGACCAAGGAAGCCAUCCUUCAGAAGCGGGCACCGCAUCCAUCUCCAGCACUCAGCUGGUGUAUGUGGUCUCAGACCUAGGCAGGCUGCAGGAAUGGCUUCCAGACCUCCUGGAGACAGUCAAGCUGAAACUUGAAAUGAUCGGCUUUAAGAAUUUUUCAUCUAUCUCAGCGGCCCUGGAAGACUCCAAGAGCGCCUUGUCUGCACAUGUCCCCGCUCUGAACAGCAGGAUUGUCCAGGACCUGAGCGAGUCUUGCUUCAGUUAUCUGAAGAGUGCCCUGGAGGUCCCCAGGCUUUACCGCAGGACCAACAAGGAGGUCCCCAGCACAGCCUCUUCAUAUGUGGACAGUGCACUGAAGCCACUGUACCAGCUUCAGAGUGGACAUGGGGACAAGGUGCAGGCAGCAGUGAUGAAGAGCUGGCUGCAGGAAGCUCUGUCUGACAGCACACACAAGUACUUUGAGACUGUGUCAGACGUGCUAAACUCCGUGAGGAAGAUGGAGGAAAGCCUGAAGCGCCUCAAGCAAGCCAGGAGAUCCCCAGCCACAAACCCUGUCAGCUCCAGUGGCGGCAUGAGUGAUGACGACAAGAUCCGGCUGCAGCUGGCCCUGGACGUGGAGCACUUGGGAGAACAGAUACAAAAGAUGGGCUUGCAGACCAGUGACAUCAAGAGCUUCCCAGCCCUCUCAGAGCUCGUCCUUGCUGCCAGGGACCAGGCGACUGCAGAACAGUCCUAGGAGCCCUGGCAGGACCUAGAGUGGGGAAGAAAGCAGCCCUUGUCCUCCGAGUCGCCCAGCAACAGCCUGUUCCUCUGCCCAGCGUAUGUGGGCCAUCUUUCACCAAGAAAGAACCAAAAGCCUUUCCAUUGUAUGGAAGAUAGUUUUUAUGACAUUCAAAGCUUUUUACUAUAGUUUACAGAACAAAUUGUUUUAUUUUUAUUGUAAAUCUUAGUGUAGACAAGCUGAUGCCUACAGUAGGGUAAAAGUAAAUCUUCAAGUGUGGCUAUGAGGCUGUCCUGGCCCUGCAGCAGAAGCACUGGGCAGGAUGCACCAAUGCAGAGUAGAACACUGAUUGUCCCCAACCCUCCAACCUGGGAGAUACUGUCAGCCCCUGCGCCUCCUUAGAGGCUACACAGUGGCCAGCCCAUCUCGACACAGAAGAAUAGCACUUCUGAUCUUGCCGUCUGCACCUCUGUCAGAGCCAGAGCUGGCCAUAAAGAUUCAUUUCCUAAAUAAAAGAAGUAUCUGCUGCAAA